GAAAUUAGCAAUUAAAUUUUGUUAGCAGAUUCUUCAAAACAACUUUGUUAUAGUAGCCUGCUAUGAGAAGGAGAACAAUCACUCCCAUAUUUCCACCACCAGGGUACAACUUAGCCAUACCAGAUUGGCCAGUCGAAUAAUUCAUGUUAAGAAUCGGAAAGGGCUGCUCCGAUUAUGGAGAUAAAUUUGAAAAACUGACUGAAUUAUUUGAAGCAGAUAGAAUAUAAAUGAAAGAGAAGGGCAUACCUCCAAAGGUGAGAAAAUAUAUAUUUUCAAUCAAAGAGUAAUUACGUAGAGGAAAAGGAGAACAUCAGUCACUAAUACCUAAGAAAAAGGCAACAAAAAAAUGAGUUUAUAUUAUUGUAUAGAUUUUAUGAGC